AUGGGUGUCUGUUACAAGGAGUGUUUGAAAAACCACGCGGCUAACCUCGGCGGCCACGCGCUCGACGGCUGCGGCGAGUUUAUGCCGAGCCCCACCGCAACUCCCACCGAUCCUUCCUCUCUCCGUUGCGCUGCUUGCGGCUGCCACCGUAAUUUCCACCGCCGUGACCCUUCCGACCACCUCAACUUCCUCCCCCCGCUACCAACUUCCUCUCCCUCCGGAACGGAAUCUCCGCCGUCUCCGUCGCUUCACCACGUGGCUUCCCCUGUUCCUUGCUCUUACUACACCUCAGCUCCUCAUCACCACCACGUGCUUCUCUCUCUCAGCUCCGGUUUCCCUGGACCGUCAGAUCAAGAUCCAGCGGCUGUGAGAUCGGAGAACAGCUCGAAAGGAGCAAUGGGGAAACGGAGGAGGACUAAGUUCACACCGGAGCAGAAGAUAAAGAUGAGAGCUUUCGCGGAGAAAGCAGGCUGGAGAAUCAACGGCUGCGAUGAGAAGUCGGUGAGAGAUUUCUGUAGCGAAAUUGGGAUCGAGAGAGGUGUUCUUAAAGUAUGGAUGCAUAACAAUAAGUAUUCCCUCAUCAAUGGGAAGAGCAGAGAGAUCUCUUCCAUGGAACAUGGUCGUCUUUGUCUGAACACUCACAGCUGCAACAAUGGCGGUGAAGAUGGAGACAACGUUGAUGGGUCAAUGUCUUCUUGA